CGAAAACAUAAGUUUUUUUUUUUUUUUUUUCCCGGCGUCUCGCUUCUUUUCCGUUUUGCUAUUGCCUCUACAAAGGUUAUGGGUUUUCUCUUAGGAAAGACGGAGCUUGAGCAACUGACAAGUCUACUUCUUGUGUGGAGGUCGCGAAGAGGGUAGCGAGAUUCGUGGGUUUCAUCAAUUUCUGAGUUUUCUCUACAUUGCUGCUUGCUCCGGUGGUGUUAUUUUUGGGAAAUAAAGAAGCAUGGAACUCAACAAGGACGAUAAUGUUUCAUUGGCACCAACAGCUUCAGUUCCUAUAGCUCAAAUCACAGCAGCUCCAAUUCUACAAGAUGCCUCAUCUCAGCUAGGCGUCGCCGCCAUACCACAUGUGGUUCCUCCUUCUUUUCCUCCACCAAUGGCUCCGAUACCAAUGGCUCCACCUCCAGCUGCCCGUCCACCUACUUUUAGGCCACCUAUUUCACAAAAUGGUGGAGAAAAAUCCAGUGACUCGGAUUCAGAUUCAGAGGAUGAACAUUAUGAGAUAUCUGAAGAGAGUAGGCAGGUCAGAGAAAGACGAGAAAAGGCACUGAAAGACAUGCAGAUAAAACGUCAUGCUGCUGCUAUCGCAGUUCCAACGAAUGACAAAGCUGUUAGAGAUCGCCUCAGACGACUUGGACAGCCCAUUACUCUAUUUGGAGAACAGGAAAUGGAGCGAAGAGCUAGGUUGUCUCAGCUUAUGGCUAGGCUUAGUAUCGAUGGCCAGUUGGAUAAACUUUUUAGAGCUCACGAAGAAGAUGCCGCUCCAAAAGAGGAAGUGGAUGAUGAAGUACUUGAAUACCCAUUUUUUACUGAGGGUCCAAAGGAACUUAGAGAGGCUAGAAUUGAAAUUGCCAAAUUUUCUAUCAAGAGAGCUGCUGUCAGGAUUCAGCGUGCAAAGCGGCGAAGAGAUGAUCCAGAUGAAGAUAUGGAUGCAGAGACUAAGUGGGCUUUGAAUCAUGCUAAAGGCAUGGUCCUUGAUUGCAGUAAUUUUGGGGAUGAUCGUCCUCUUACCGGCUGCUCCUUCUCACGCGAUGGGAAAAUACUUGCCACAUGUUCUCUGAGUGGAGUUACAAAAUUGUGGGAAAUGCCUCAAGUUACAAACAAGAUUGCUGUCCUGAAGGAUCACAAAGAACGUGCAACUGAUGUAGUGUUCUCCCCUGUGGAUGAUUGUCUGGCAACUGCUUCUGCUGAUCGAACUGCAAAGUUGUGGAAAACUGAUGGAACACUCCUACAAACUUUUGAAGGUCAUCUGGAUCGUCUUGCACGCGUUGCCUUCCACCCAUCAGGGAAGUACCUCGGAACAACAAGCUUUGACAAAACAUGGAGACUGUGGGAUGUAAACACUGGAGCAGAGCUGCUUUUGCAAGAAGGUCAUAGUCGUAGUGUCUAUGGAAUUGCAUUUCAACAAGAUGGAGCAUUAGCAGCUUCUUCUGGGCUUGAUUCACUCGCACGGGUUUGGGAUCUCCGCACUGGUAGGAGUAUUCUCGUCUUCCAAGGACACAUUAAACCGGUUCUCUCAGUGAAUUUCUCUCCUAAUGGUUAUCACUUGGCAUCGGGUGGUGAGGAUAAUCAAUGCCGUAUUUGGGAUCUAAGAAUGAGAAAGUCAUUGUACAUUAUACCAGCUCAUGCUAACCUUGUGUCUCAAGUGAAGUAUGAACCACAAGAAGGCUACUUCCUAGCCACUGCCUCAUACGACAUGAAAGUCAAUAUAUGGUCAGGCAGAGAUUUCUCACUUGUUAAAAGCUUAGCAGGACACGAGUCAAAAGUCGCCUCUCUAGAUAUCGCUGCAGAUAGCUCCUGUAUCGCUACUGUAUCACAUGACCGCACCAUCAAGCUUUGGACAAGCAGUACCAGCGAAGAAGACCAAGAAGACCAAGGCGGAGACACAAUGGACAUAGAUCUCUAGCUUCUUUUUUCAUAUUUGUGCGAGCAAAAUAUUAGAAUCGAGGGAUUCAGAGAUUCGCUUUUGUUAGAGAGAAUCUUUAAGAUGGAUUGAUUGUAAUCUUUUGGGGGGUUAUAACACACUCAAGAAGAUGAUACAUCGUCUUUAGAAUUU